AUGAAGUUUCUAAGAUGCAAAGAGAGAUCCUUGUCUUGCUACAAGAAACACCAAUUUUCAUUCAUUGCAAAUCAUAGAUUAUCCAAAAAAUACAUAAUUUACAAAGAGCAGCACGUAGCAUUAUCUGAUCACGUGAAAUUCACAACUGAGUCCUUUAUCGGCCUUGAUGUUGUGAACUAUAUUCAGCUUAUCGCGAAAACGACUUCACAAGUGCAAUACGAUUGCCUUCACGACGUUUCAUAUCCACAUGGCUACGUUCACGCUUCAUCUUCUACUACUUCUGAUUCAUCUCAACCCAAAGAACCUGCUAAGAAGUUCCCGUUUACACUUGAUCCCUUUCAAUCUCAAGCUAUUAGUUGUCUUGAAAAUUCUGAAUCCGUUAUGGUAUCUGCACAUACAUCUGCUGGGAAAACUGUUGUGGCUUUAUAUGCAAUUGCUAUGUCGCUUCGAGAUGGUCAACGUGUUAUCUACACUUCUCCUAUCAAGGCAUUUAGUAACCAGAAGUAUAGAGAAUUUAAAGAAGAGUUUUCUGAUGUUGGUUUGAUGACUGGUGAUGUUACCAUUGAUCCCAAUGCUUCUUGCUUGGUGAUGACUACUGAAAUCUGGCGAAGUAUGGAAUACAAAGGGUCUGCUACUGUCCCUAAUGCCAAGGAAUUUGCUGAUUGGGUGGCAAAGGUGCACCAACAGCCUUGUCAUUUUGUUUAUACAGAUUACCGACCAAACUAAUGUCUUUGUUUAUAUUGGGAUAUGCUCCAUAAUUGGAUCAUUGACUGUCAUGAUUGUAAAAGCGAUUGGCAUAGCCAUUAAACUUACAUUCGAUGGUUCAAAUCAAAAUAUUUACUUUCAAACAUGGAUUUUUACAAUGGUCGGCAUUUCCUGCAGCAUUACUAGUUUAAAUCACCUUAAUAUGGCAUUGGAUACUUUGAACACAACAGUGGUUUCUCCAAUCUAUUAUGCACUGUUCACUUUGUUUACAAUAUUAGCCGGUGCAAUCAUGUUUAAGGAUUAUUCAGGACAAAGUAUGAGCAGUAUUGCAUCAGAGCUAUGUGGUUUCAUCACUGUUUUAUCUGGAACAACUGUAUUGCACUGCACUAGAAUACCAGAUCCUCCCGUCAGUACCGAUGUGUACAGUCCCCUGUCA